UCAGACUCAGUCCGAUGUCAUGGCGACCGUGAGGUGCUGUCACAUAUACUCUGCUCUGUGCACUCGUCCACUGCAGGACUCUAAUCCCUGAAGCGAGUCCUGAUGCGUGGGGUCGUUGAUGGGAGAACCAAUCUACUCCAAAGUGGCGGCUCUCUCUUUGAAUUUUGAUGUCCUCAUUUCCCCUCCACCUCCACAAGCCUCCCUGGGCCUGUGCUGCAGAGUGUCCCCGUCCCAUCACCAUCAUCAUCAUCAUCAUGCUGCGACCGUCACCGUCGCUCCAUAAACAAGGUUAAAGCCACCCUAUGGGUCAGAUUCUCUCACGUGCCUCCUGACAAACACCUGCCCAGGUGACAUGCGCCACUGAGUUUCGACCGGUAAAGUGUCACGGCAACGGUUGCCAUGCACAGCAACCCUCCUCCCGUCUCUUAUGGAUUCAUGUCACUUCCUCACAGCGGUGAGGGGCAUCUCGAUGGCCUCCUUCACUACAAUGUCCUACUCUCACGUGUGGACGUGGUUCCUUCCUCAUGACUUUACUGUGUCUCACAGAGAGUUAUUGUGUGGUUCAUGUUUACUGUAUAUCUUAUUUAGAUCAAUUUGUUUAACAAAUCGGUGUCCUGCACAUACUAAAGAUACCCACUGGGAUUGACAGGUCUAACACAUCCAAAGAUGAUCCAUUUAUAAACAUAGUCAGUCGUUGUGGGGGUGUCUGCAUGCAGAUGUCCAGGAACAGCAAUACACCGUCUGACUUAUGUUCUACUGUCGAGUAGGUUACAUGAAGAGAAAAGAAAAGAUGGAGCCACAGGCGGUGGUGGUCCAAACGAAUGCUUUAUUAAAUGGGUUUGUAGAAUAUCUAACACAUAUGCAGACUGUGACAAUUUCAGUAGCCUACCAAUGUUCAAUUCGGUUGGAUUAAUGUCUUCCUUACUCAACACGGGAUGUAUGUUCAUUUUCAUCACCCUCCUGCCAACAAACACCUGAAAACAAGCCAGAGAGAGAGAGAGAAGUGGGGUGGGGGGGCUGAGGAGCGCAGCUCCGCCCGGGCUAUUAAAGCAGAGCGCGCGAGCGGAGCGGCUCUGAGAGGACUCGUUGUUUAGCCUUCCUUCAACCAGCUGGACGGUGCGCAUCACAGAUCACCGGACACCACGCAACACACGCGCAGCCAUGAGUGAGAGACAAGCAUCCGGAGCAGUGACUGGAAACAGCAAACCUUCUGCUGCCCAAGACGAGAAGAACAAGAACAACCUCCCCCAGGACUUCGACAUCGACAUGGACAACCCGGAGACGGAGAAGGCCGCCGUGGCCAUCCAGUCGCAGUUCAGGAAAUUCCAGAAGAAGAAGCAAGAUGUGAAGUCGUAGAGCGGAGCGCCGUCACCCGAUGGGGGCCUGGUCUUUGCAUGUCAAUCAAACUGCACCGUCAUGAAC